GUUAUGAAGCGUUCUUGAAACGUUGCGUCGAUGACGGCAUCAAGAUUUGGUCCGAGGCCUGCGUGCCGCCCGCGUACCUCGGGCCGCUCCCGGACAACACGCGCUACGUGCUCAUCCUGCGGGACCCGCGCGCCGUUGUCGUCAGCUGGGCUCAUUACAAAAACAAAGGACUCGUGAAAGGGAACGUCACCGAGAGCUACGUCACUAAAACGGUGCCGCAGUGCGCCGCGAUCGUGUCGCUCCGCUACUACUGGCACGACGAGUUGCUCCGGCGGACGAACCCGAGCCUGAUUCUGUUCUACGAGGAUCUCGUCGCGAACCCCGUCGACGAGUACUACCGGCUCGCGUCGUUCCUCGACGUCAACCUCGAGCCCGACGUCAUGUUCGGCGUCGUCGACCAGACGUCGGCCGCGUCCAUGAGGAAGGACGAGGAGCACCACCUGCUCCCGGGCCCGAACAGAGCCUCAUCGGACAAAGCGAAGGUGCGGUCCGCGACGCCCGACGCGUUCCGCGAGGAACUUUCGGCCCGAGCCUGGGCCAAUAUUACGGCGGCGAUGGCGCCGCUCCUCCACCCGGCGCUGCGGAUGAAGUGGCUCUACAACGACCUCGAUGUGAAGUUCCUGGGGCUCAAGGAGCACCAACGACGCCACUAG